AUGAAGGCAGGCAUAAGAGUUUUGUUUGGUAUCAUAGGAUCUCUCGCCAUCAUUAACAACAGCCUUCUGCUGGUGGUAAUUUUUCGAAACAGAGCCCUGCUGAAGACUCCAUACAACAGGCUAGUUUUAAGCUUGGCCAUUACUGACUUAAUAACAGGUAAAUCACCAUUCUAUUUAAAUGAAAAACGAGAGAAUAUUCGCUUGAUAAAAAAUUAUUGUUUCCAAAUGACUUACUGACGAUAAUCAAGAAGUGCUAAACGAAAAAUCCUUUUUUUAAUUUGAAAUCGUCGCGUCGAAUAACACGCACUUUUUACAUUUUACUUCUCCCCUAGACACUUGUGUGCCUUUCAUAUCUUAGCCCCUAGAGAAUGAUAGCUUUCUCUUUUUCAUAUGUUUGGUCGCACGGAGCCCUUCAUUGUUAUUAAUUAAAUAGUGUUCUAUCUUAACGCAUGAAUCGAUGGCUUCCGAAUGGUAACCAUGUCAAAGGUGGCAUUUGCGUAUUUGGUGCCAGAUGUGUAACUUUUCUCAGUUUUAAUUCUAAAACAAUUUUAGCCUGUAAUUCUACAGAAUAGAAUUAUGAUUUUCAGGAAUAAGUUGAUGAAAUCUUUCUACUGAUUGACAGAUGUCAAUCUCUGCUAAAAUUGCUUUUAAUUUUAGAAUUGCUUAUUGGAAGUUAUUUGUUUUUUAAGUCACCUCUACAAGAACUUCCCUCAGAAACUGCAAUUUGAAACGAAAAGUUUUUUUUUCUGUUGAGGGGAAAGUUACAAUAGAAAAAAGCUCAGUGAGUUUUCAUUACCGUGAAUACGAUAGGCAUCAUACACCAGCAGCUCAGUGCAGUGUAUCAUUGAGUUCCCCUACGCAUACUCCAUGCGAAGACAUGUUUAGCCUUAAUCUAAACAUUUCAAGCUAAGUAAACUUCCAUUCAAAGCAGGGUUUUUACUUAUGAUAAUCACACAUCUGUCUAAUUUUGACGGUUGGGCUCUAAUACUCUUCCCAAUAUUCAAUGAUUUUCUUUCAACAUCAAGUCACCUGCCUUUUUGUCAACAACUAUAUAUAUGGUAAUUAAGGGACAGAAAUGUAAAUCUUGGAAUAGAGUAUCUUUGUAAAUAGAGAUAUGACGUAUAUGUCUAUUUCUAUUUUAAAGGAAUUGGUAUUUUUGUUACACCUUCGUACAUUAUUGGGCCCGAUUCGAUCACAGUUUCAUCAGGAGGUUUUGGUCAGUUUUUCUGCAGAGUGAUAUAUUCUCAGUACCUCGUGUUUACCCUGGGCAUAGUAUCAGUCUAUACAGUUGCAUGUAUGGCUAUGGACCGAUGGCUUGCUGUAGUUCGCCCAACCAAGUACAAAACAAUUUUGACGAAGUCGCGAGUAAACAUUUGUGUGUUAUGCGUAUGGAUGCUCUCUGUGCUUUUGAACGCUCCGCACUUGAUGGAAAUUACAGCUACAAGCGAUUCAGACAGGAAAGAGCAGUGUUUAUGGAUUGUUCUUACCGGAGGUACUACUAGAAGAGUUGUGGCUUUUUUAGAAUUUGUGGGAAAGUUUUUCCUUCCCCUUCUUGUCGCAGCCGUUACUUUAGUAAGUAUCUACAACCAUGUCAAGUCGUCACCGGCUCUGUUUCAAACAAAUAGGGGCAAGGCUGGUUUAAGGUUACUACGGAUGUGUUUGUUAACAGCGGUCAUUCUUGGAGUGAGUUGGUUUCCCAACCAGUUGUAUUAUCUGUUGUUCAAAUAUGACAUAACUCGGAUGGACACGCCCUUGCACCAUUUUACUGUCUUUAUGUGUAUGUUCAACUCGUGUGUCAACCCUCUGAUCUAUUGCCUUAGCAACAAGAUGUACCGUAGAUACUUUACGCUUCUUUUGUGUCCGUGGCACAGGGCAAGGGUCACGGAGAUGGAAAUGACUGCGUGUGAUUCUGUCAGCAGAGCUAAUGAAAUAAGACCAACCCAAACAAUUGGACCCAGUGCAGCAAGCGUAACAAACAUGGCAAUUGCUUAA